AUGUUGUCUGUAGCUGUGCUGCUGCUGCUGGCUGCUGGAUCCAGUGUAAAGUGUGAACAGCUGACUCAGACAGCCUCUAUAACUCUGCAGCCAGGUCAACGUCUGACCAUCAGCUGUCAGGUCUCUUAUUCUCUGAGCGGCUACUACACAGCUUGGAUCAGACAGCCUGCAGGGAAAGGACUGGAGUGGAUCGGGAUGAAACACACCAGAGCUUCAUAUUACAAAGAUUCACUGAAGAACAAGUUCAGUAUUGACUUGGUCACUUCCAGUUCAACAGUGACUCUGAAUGGACAGAACAUGCAGCCUGAAGACUCUGCUGUGUAUUUCUGUGCAAGAUACCGUGGAAAUGCUGGCACCAUCUACUACUUUGACUACUGGGGGAAAGGGACGACAGUCACCGUCACAUCAGCCACGUCGAAAGCUCCAACUGUGUUUCCGCUCAUGUCAUGUGCUUCUGAGGGCAUGGACACGGUCACUCUCGGCUGCCUUGCCAGCGGUUUCACCCCGUCUGCCCUAACUUUCUCCUGGAAACAAGGCAGCACCGUUCUGGACGACUUCAUCACGUACCCCUCCAUCCAGAAAGGCAGUGAAUACAUGGGGAUCAGCCAAAUUCAAGUCAAGAAACAGGACUGGGACGCAAGAAAGAGCUUUGAAUGUGUCGCAAACCACGCUGCCGGGGAACAAACUGUUGCGGUUGUAAAACCAACUGUGCGGAUUGUCUCCCCAAACAUCACCUUGUACCCAGUCUGGGAAGGUGACCUCUCACAAGUUAGACUCAUCUGCACUCUGAGCAGCUACUUUCCCAAAACGCUGACCGUGGACUGGGAACAGAACCACCAGCCUCUAGAAGGCAUCAAACCCACAAAAAGAGCUCUACAGAGUGCAAACGGAGAGGAGACGACUUACACGCUAACCACUGAGAUCGAACCAAAGAUGGAAGAGUGGAAGAAAGGAUCAGAUUUUACCUGCAAAUGUGUUCACAGCAAAACUGAAAUUAAAAAAACUAUAAGUAUUUGUAAAAUCCAUGGAAGCAAUGCUCCUUCCAUUCAUAUGGAGAUUCCCACCUUUAAAACUGUGAUGACAAAGUCCACAGUGAAGGCAACAUGUUCCAUCCGUACAGUGUUUGACGCCAAGCUGCUCUGGUUAAUGGAUGAGAAACCUCCAUCUGAUGAUAAAGUCAGCUCAGUGUCAAACGCUACAUUUUUACUCAGUGAGUUGACGGUCCCAUCGAGCACCUGGAAGAACGUGAAGACUCUGAAAUGUAAAGCUGAGCAUCGCUGCUUCUCUGCUGAAAACACUGUCCAGGUUUCAGGUCCUGCAGGUACAACUCCACAGGUGGAGAUCAGGAGAUUUUUCCCAGAUCUGCUGAAGGGGGACAGUGUUGUCCUUCAGUGUGACAUCACACAGCUGUCCCCGCAGGACCUCUGCAUCACAUUUCAGGCCAAAGGAGUUGAUAUUCCUGGUAUCCAAUAUGUUGAUCUCCCUGAAGGCCCGGGCCCACAUUCAGUCAGCAGAAGUUUGCUCGUUCCUGAAAAGUACUGGACUGAUGACACAAGUUUCACCUGCUCAGUGAAACAAGGCUUCGCUAGCAAUCCUGUCAAAUCAAAGCCUAUCAGCAAUCUGUUUGUGGACCCCUCAGUGGAAGUUCUUCUGAACCCCAGUGAAGAUCCAGGGCAACAAAGACUUUUGUGUUCUGGAUGGGGCUUCAACCCUACAAUUAAAUGGUUAACAGAUUCAAAGCCAACAUCACCAUCAACUAAUGACAAGAGCAUGGAUAAAAAUGGACGUGUUGCUGUAAUAAGUCAACUUCAGGUUCCUCAGAAAGAGUGGAAAACAGGAAAGGUGGUCACCUGUGAGGUGUUGGACAGUACUUUGAAUAAAAUCACCAGAAAGAACAUCAGCGUCUGCUCAGUGACUCCAACAUCGUCUCAUAAAGUUGGUGUCUACGUCCAGGGCCCACCACUGGAGCAGCUUCACAACAAGAAACAGCUGACUGUUACAUGUCUUCUUGUCGGCACUGAUCUCAAUGAUUUCUCCAUCACCUGGAAAGUCAGUGGUAACAAAGACUUACCCCGUAACGUGCAUACGCAGCAGCCUGUGGGCCACAGCAACGGGACAGAGACUUUGCAGAGUUUCUUGAAUGUGUCAGCGGAGGACUGGCACUCAUAUAAGAGAGUUUCCUGCAAGGGAAAGCAUCGCUGCUCCAACAAGGGUUACGAAGACUAUGCCAGCAAAAGUAGAGACAUGCAUCCACCAGCCGUGAAGAUCAUCCGACCAACCGCUGCUGAGCUGUUUGUGUCUGACAGCCUCAUGCUGACUUGCUUCAUUACUGGGUUUUUCCCAAGCAACAUCUUCGUGCACUGGGAAGAGAAUGGCCAAAAACUCCCAUCCUCACGUUACAUAAACAGCCCUCCAUGGAAUGAACAAGGAAAAAAGUUGUAUUCAAUGAAAAGCAAACUAAACGUAUCCAGAACAAAGGACAAAAAGUCAACUUACGCCUGUGUCGUCACACACGAAUCAUCUCAGACUCCAGUUAAAACCAGUAUAAAGGAUGUGUUUGCCUCAGUGACCCACAGCAAACCUGUAGCAGUCCUGCUCCAGGGCUCCAACGUGCUCGUGUGUCUGGUCUACGGCUUCAGCCCAGCAGCCAUUAACAUCACCUGGUUUCACGGAGCAAACAAACAACUGAUGGAUUACGACACAAGUGAGCCCAAUUUAGGAUUAGAUGGAAAAUUCAGCAUCAGAAGCCACCUCAAUCUGUCCCAAAUCAACUCGUUACCUGGGAUGGUUGUGACCUGCAGGGUGACUCAUGAAAACAUCACCCUGUCACUGAAUCUGUCCACACCAGACACAAUGGAGAACUGUUAUUUCUUUGAUGCAAUCAGGGAUUCUGAUGUGAGUCAAGACUCACUGAAACAUAUGUGGACCGUGGCUUUAACCUUCCUCCUCUUUUUCCUCUUCGCCAUCAUGUUUUCUGUCACUGUCACCAUUAUUAAGACUAAGUGA